GCCAAGCCGUUGUCUGGGUGGCGCGGUCGAGUCAUCGCUAGGCCUCGCUGCUUGGAGCUCUCAUCCCUCCCCCCCGCCACGGCGCGGGGGGUCGAUCGGCCAAGUGGGGUGGGAGGCGACUGAAACCUUUCCCUCCACUUCGUUUCGGCCAGCACCCCGGCUAUCCGCGCUGGGGCCCUCCAGGCCCAGACUGAGGGGCCGGGGCCUACAUCGGCCCGCCGCUGGGCCUCAUGAGGCAUAGCCUGACGAAGCUGCUGGCAGCCUCAGGCAGCGACUCCCCGACCCGCACCCAGAGCCCGGCGCCCGCCGCGACCUGCUCGCAGUCUCCGGACCUGAUCCCGGCUGCGGCUGGACAGAAGGAGACGGCGGCGGCCGGAUCGCCCGGCCGCAAGCAGCCGCAAGGCGACGUGGGCGAGUUGGAGACCGGGAGGGGGAGCCGCGGCGGCGUGGCCGUGCGCGCGCCCUCGCCCGAGGAGAUGGAGGAGGAGGCGAUCGCCAGCGUCCACGGGGAAGAGACCGAGGACAUGGACUUUUUGUCCGGGCUGGAACUGGCGGAUCUGCUGGACCCCCGACAACCGGACUGGCACCUGGAGCCCGGGCUUAGCUCGCCUGGGCCUCUUUCCUCGUCCGGGGGAGGCUCGGAUAGCGGCGGGCUGUGGAGAGGGGACGACGAUGACGAGGCUGCGGCUGCUGAGAUGCAGCGCUUUUCUGACCUGCUGCAGAGGCUCUUAAAUGGUAUCGGAGGCUGCAGCAGCAGCAAUGACAAUGGCAGCGGAGAAAAGAGGCGGAGAAAGUCCCCGGGAGGAGGCGGCGGUGGCGGCAGCGGCAACGACAACAACCAGGCGGCGACAAAGAGUCCCCGGAAGGCGGCGGCGGCCGCUGCCCGUCUUAAUCGGCUGAAGAAGAAGGAGUACGUGAUGGGGCUGGAGAGUCGAGUCCGGGGUCUGGCAGCCGAGAACCAGGAGCUGCGGGCCGAGAAUCGGGAGCUGGGCAAACGCGUACAGGCGCUGCAGGAGGAGAGUCGGUACCUACGGGCAGUUUUAGCCAACGAGACCGGACUGGCUCGCUUGCUGAGCCGGCUUAGCGGCGUGGGACUGCGGCUGACCACCUCGCUCUUCAGAGACUCGCCCGCCGGUGACCACGACUACGCGCUGCCGGUGGGAAAGCAGCAGCAGGACCUGCUAGAAGAGGACGACUCAGCGGGAGGAGUGUGUCUGCAUGUGGACAAGGAUAAGGUGUCGGUGGAGUUCUGCUCGGCAUGCGCCCGGAAGGCGUCGUCUUCUCUUAAAAUUUUCUUUUUUAGGUGAUUUCCUUCCUGCCAGGCUCCGUUGUAGGGGUUACAGAACAGUCGUUCCCGCCUCACAACCUGGUAAGGAUCCCAUCUCUUCACGUAACGCUCAUGCUCUGCUGCUUAGUCUACUUUAAUGAGCAACAUCUCAAUUUGUGUGUGUGUGAUUUUUUUUUUUUUGGAAGGUGGGAGGGGAAUCUAAUUUGGGCCCUGUCCACCCUGGAAACAGACUUGUGCUGGUCAGUAAUGUUUUUAAGAUGUUUCUUCUGGUUGAAAUAGCUGUUAAUGUGUCCCCUUAUUCAGACUUGCCUGUACCUAGCUCUUCUGUCCCCAGUGUGGACAUGGCCUUGGAUGACAUCGGUUCCAACUGUACACUGAAACCUGCUUAUAGAGAUACAGUUUGGAGACAGUGAAACAGGUGAAGUUGAAUGGAAGUUCCGAGUUGUACAACGUGCAAAUUGGAAUUCCAGUUUUAGAGCAACUUUUCAGAGGUUGACAAGUAUUUGGGGCAUGCACAAAUGUGAUAGUUACUUUGCUGAUGAUGACAGAUACCUUAAAUACUUGAGAAUGCCUACUAGUUUUCAGUAGAAGAUAGAGAAAUACAAUUUAUUCAGAGUAACAGAUUUUAAUAUCUCACCGUUAGAAAAGUUGGAAAUUAACAUGCAUAUCAGACUCCUGUGUUUUAGUUAAUUGGAGGAAGAAUAAGAAUGGUUAAUGAAAUGUUUCUUUGAGGACCAGCACAGUGAUUACUCCAAUCACUGAGUAUGAAAAAUUGUUGAACACUUUUAUUUUUGUUGUAUUAAAAUUUUAGGUUAAAUUUAUGUAUGUAUGAUUAGAUAUUGAAGGUUGUGAAAUGUGAAUGAAAACGUGUAAAGUGAGGCUUCACAAAGAAUCUUACUCUCUGUAUUUCAAAGGUAUUUAUCCUAUUUAAAAAUAAUUUUUAAAAUUGAAUGGUUCUGGCCACUUCAGUGACCUGAUUGACACUAUUUUUCCAAAGAUGGGAUGUAUUCUUCUCUUGAAGUACUCUAUUUAAUCUGUUGUCCAGUUAUGUAAAUUGAGUUACAAUAUCUUUCAGUGUAAGAGGCAUUAAGAAAUUCUUUGUGAAACAUCACUGUUUGAUGAAGUAUAUACGUAUUUAGCAUCCUUGUUUUUCUUUGUGCUAAAGUGGAUACAGCUGUUGGGGCAGAAGAGACGGGACCAGCUGCUGGCCACAUUUCCUGCUUUAUUUUAAAAGCUUAGCAGUGUCUGCAAAAACGAAUCUUUUCCUACAACCUGUUAAGUGACUGGACUGAUGGUAACAAAGUAAUUGUGGGAGCCAUGUCGGUCAAAAAUUUGGCAUCUGCUGAAAAAAAUCAAUGCCAUUUUCAAGUUCCCAAAUUACUUCUAUACUGAUUUCACUUUCCAGAAAUGGAGAUAUGAAAAGAUUCUCUGGAAACCUUGAAAGACUUAAUAGAGAUACAUGAGACAAAGUUAAUCUUGGAACAAAAUUAUCCUUUUUUUUCCUGUCUUUCAUGGGAGUGAUACUCAGUUCUUUGCAUACCUUUAAAAAAUUGUAACCAUUGGAGAAGAGAAUUAUAGUAUUUCAUCAAGAAAUAUUAGCAUUUUUAUAUAAUCAAGAGCACAUUUUGUGGAAUUACAUUUAGUGGACUAGAAUUACAUAAGCAGGCCAUCAGUGAUCACAAGGGAUAUCAUGAGUUUGUAUUUAUUUCCUGGAACAUGAGAACUAAUUUGGAAUACAGACAGACACCUUGCUGAGUAGAAUAUAAAAGUUAAUGUAAAGUCCUUAACUAUAAAGAGUAGUCUUUUUAAAUAGAUGCAUUGAUAUGUCUGUGUAUCUUUGAAAAAGUUGGUUAUGAUUAAAUGUGAGUAGUUACUACAACUUAGGGUGACACCAGGAUUCUGAAGUUUGGCUUCUUGACCUUUCUCUUGAGUACUAGACACUGUAAUUUGAGGUUUCUAACGAGUGAUAUAUUAGUUUCUACUGUUUUAUAUUAAAAUUAGUGUAUAUAAGGGCUUUAGUAUUCUGGAUGAUGGGAGUGGCUCUUCAUGGUAAAUGGUUGUUUUACUUAAUUGAAAUAUUUUUCCCAUUUAUUACAAGUAUGAAAAAA